CAGAUGUUAGAUCCCGCGCCAAACGGUACCGGUAUAAAAAAGCUUAGUCUCGUGCCGUCCGGUCGGCGCCCUAUCGAUUAUAUCGAUUAGGUACCUAUCGUUAUCUGGGUGCCAGGUCAGGGGAAAGUCGCUCUUGCAUUCUUCCGACCAAGACCUAGGGAAACCGAUUUCCAUUAUUUUGAAGAUCGAUAAACUUUAUUUCCCCUUUUUCCUCCUUUACGACUUUACGACUUUUCCUCCUCUCCCCCCAAUUUCGCUCGCCAAGUCAACCGGCUGCAAUGGCGGACACAAAGGGCACUUCGUACUCGACCGACCCCGCCCUCUACCUGUACACCUCCCUCACGGCCGGAUCCUCGCACAUCGUCACGGCCACCUCGCGACUAGAGACCAUCUUACGAGCCAACAGGGUACCCUUCAAAGCUAUAGACAUCGCCACCGACGAGAAAGCACGCAUGCUAUGGGGCCGAAGGGCAGGUAAAGACGAUGGCGGACGGGUACGCAAGCUGCCCGGCCUGGUGCAGAUGGGACUGGUACUUGGCGAUCUAGUCGAGAUCGAAGAGUGGAACGAGUACGGCGAGCUAAAGCAGCACGUCACCAUCUACUACGACGACUUCACCAUCCCAAGCAAAAGCCAAGCACCGCCCCCCAUCGUCCCGAAAGCGAAACCCGUCGCCCCUCCCGCCGCACCCGCCGCCGCCGGCGGAGCAGCCAGCACAGCCGCCAGCAAAGGCGGUCCGAAACCGCCCGCGGCCCCAGCUCUGCCCAAAGCCUCGGAGCUGUCCGCGCAGAAAUCGAAGCUAGCCUCCGCGCCCGCUAAUGCCGGUCCCGCGAAGCCUACCCUCAGUAUUGCCGAGGAGGCCGCGAAGAAGGCGAAGCAGGUGCACCUCGACAGCCUGCGGGCCAAGGUAUACGGGAAAAAAGAUGGCUCAGGCUCCGGCUCGGACUCGGGGUCUAAGGAAUCGCUGUCCAAGUCGUCGACGAGCUCGGCGAGGGAGAGCAUGGGCAACCUCUCGCUAAAAGACAAGGAGAAGGAGAAGGAGAAGGCGAAGGGGGAGGCGGGUCUGCAGUCUCCCACGACGGGGAAGUGGAAGGGUGGAGAUGCGUCUGAGGAGGGACUGCGGCAGGUGCUGCAGAGCCCGACGACGGGGACGUGGAAGGCGGAUGCGGGGAAGACGGAGGCGUUCCAGGGUGCUGUUGUUGAGAACGCGUCUAAGGCGGAGAUAGCGGCUGUUGAGAAGGCGGAAGCUAUCCCAGAGGCGACGAGCUCGGAAGAGGAGGAUUCCGAGGACGAGGAGGAAUCGUCUUCUGAAGAGGAGGAGUCUGAGGAUGAGAAGAAGGUUGUUACGAAGGAGGUUAAAAAGGAGGUGAAGGAGGUCAAGAAGGAGGCUAAGAAGGAAGAGUCUUCGGAGGAAGACGACGACGAUGACGAUGAUGAUGAUGACGAUGAUGAGGAGGAGUCGUCUGAGGAGGAAGAAGAAGAAGUGGCCCAGCAGAGCGAGAAGAGCAAGGCCAAGAAGCAGCAGUAAGAAGUUUGUCGUCCCAAUUUUAUUAUUGCGUUUUAUUAAUAAACAGGCGCGAGUGUUGCAACCCGGGGUGUUUUUAGAUACCAAAUUUGCGAAAGUGGGCAGAGAGAAGAGAAAAAAAAAACUUGAUUAUUCACAACUCUCCUCAAGAAAUCUCAGUACCAUGCCUAUUAUAUAGGUACAAUGCUGCUGAGGA